CAUUCUCCCCGCCACAGUUGAAAAUCGGCCAGCGUGACGUUACGACGUAUAAUACACACAAGAGUUUGUAUAGUGAAGUUAAAAGAGACCAAAUGUUCUGUCACACCUAGUUUUUAGAUAACUUUGUUUUUAGAUAAAAAAAAACAAAUUUUUCUUUCGUGCGUGUAGUGAUUUUUCAUAGUGACAUUUCGAAUAUCUUUCGAAAAUUAUAGCAGUAGAAACUUAAAAGUUGUGCGUUUUUUUACAUCAUGGCAGUAUUUUGGUAUCCUGCUGCUGUCGUGAUUCUUGUGCUGUUACACCUAACAGGUUACAGCAAUGCGGAGCAAAGAUUGGAAAUCUUGCCCAAUGGGCAAGUGCAAUCAAAGCCAGUGGGGUCGAGCAUUAUUUUAACAUGUAAACCAAACGUCACAAAUCCAGAUUUAAUUUCAAACAUGGAAUGGAUUGAUCCUUAUGAUCGUGUCAUUGAUUCUUUAAAGCAAGGAAAUGGAAAGUCCACAAUGUACACCGAAAAGCGUCAUGGACACACACUGGCCCUUUUGUUCACGAAUCUUCAAACUCAACAAGGCGGAAGGUACAAAUGUCGAGCGACUUUCGCCAAUAACGAGGAAUUGGUUGAGGAAGUUGCCAUUGAAACAAUAGUUGCCAUAACGUGGAACGACGCUCCGCUAAAUCAGAAUCCCAUUCUCGGCGAAGACUUCAAUAUUAUGUGCAAAGUCGUCGCACAACCAUCUCCAACGGUUGACUGGCUCUUUAAUGGGGAAGUGAUAGAAACUAACGAGCACUACAUCAUCGAGACGCAUUCCCUGAAGCUCAAAAAAGUCACCGAACUCGACGAUGGUACCUAUACUUGCAGGGCUUUUGUCGCAACCACCGGCGAACUUAAGGAACGAAAUAUUAAAGUCGAGGUUCACAUAAAGCCGAAAAUUGAAGAAUCCGAAACGACAAUUGAAGCGAUCGAAGGCGACACGGCGGACAUUGCAUGUAAAGCGAUAGGCAAGCCACUUCCGGAAUAUAGUUGGGUGAAGACAAUAAAUAAUGAGGAUUUAUCGAAAGCCGAUCGAUUUGGUGUCAAUAAUUACACUGGUGUAAUGACAAUAAAAAAUGUUCAACGCGAUGAUGACGGUGAAUAUCGUUGUAGAGCACAAAAUCCCGCUGGCUUUGAUGAUUGGGACAUUAGGCUCAAUGUUAUUGUGAAGCCGAAAAUUAUGGAAUUUGUCAAUAAAACAGUUCCACUUUUGAAACAAGUGAAAAUUGAAUGCAAGGCAUUUGGUCGUCCACCACCAGAAAUUGUUUUCCGCAAAUACACAUCCGAAAGACGUUUUGAACUUGGCGCACAACGUAAUGACGAUAGAAUAAUGCUCGAGAAUCGAAAGAAUGAUCGUAAUGAUGAGACAACUGGUAUUCUUACUAUCAAUCAAGUUCAAAGGUACGAUGACGGUUUAUACGAAUGCAUAGGAAUAAAUAAAGGCGGUGAGAGUAUUAAAACUGGCCAUUUGACUGUAGAAUUUCCUCCAUCAUUUGAAGUGAAUGAUAAUCGUACAAUAUUUGCUUGGAACAAUCAUCCAGGAAAUUUGACAUGUAUAGCGACAAGUAUUCCAAAUGCGACAAUUGAAUGGAGAGUGUAUGAAACUCAACGACUUGAAUCAAAUGCGCCGCAUAAAAUUAUUGGCAAUGGACCAAUUUCUUCUUUAAUCGUUGAACCAAGAGAUUCACGUUACUUCACGACUUAUCGAUGCGUUGCCACGAAUAUUCAUGGCUCGAAUGUACUUCCAUUUGUUGUCAAGGAGGGCAAAAGGCCUGGACAUCUUCUUCAAGUGAGAAUUGCCGAAAUGACGGCAACAACGGCAAUUUUUGAAAUAUUGUUACCAGCACAUGACGAUGAGCUGCCGAUUAAAACUGUCAAUAUUCAGUAUAAACCCUCUGAACAGUCGUGGGUUCAUGCGUACAAUAGGACCUGGGCAGUCAACUCAACAUACAUUAUCGAGAAUUUAAUACCGAAUACACAUUAUGAAUUUCGUUUUGCCGCCUCGAAUGACGCUGGCCUUGCAAAUUGGGGUAAUCAUUUAACUGAAUCAACAUUAGUCAAAUCACGACCAGGAAUACCAAAAAUUCGUUCACAAAUAUCACAAGGAAUGGAAUAUGAAAUUUCUCCCUUUUCAAAUCAAUAUGAAGUCUCGUGGGUUGUGCCCGUUGAUAAUGGAGAGCAAAUAACGCAUUAUGAAAUUGAAUACUGUCAAUUGAAAAGAGUUUCCGGCGAUUGGGAGAUAAUACCGGGAACAUGUCAAAUUAAGGAGGAACGUGGUAAGCGAACGACAUAUUGGCUGAAACAUCUUUAUUCCGAUACUUAUUACAAGAUUGAAGUCAGAGCAAAGAACUACUUGGGUCUCAGUGAUUCUGGAGAAAUUAAAAUUAAAACAAAUCGAGGUAACGAUUCCCCUGUGGUACAUCAUCGAGGAGCGCUAAUUUCCAGCGGUGCCAUAAUUGGUAUUGUGAUCGCCAUUCUAGUCGUCAUCAUCAUUGUUAUUGAUGUUAUCUGCUGUUGCGCCCAAAAGACAGGAAUCAUUUUCUACGUGUGCGAGAGGUCACGAAGAAAACCAAUGGACGAGGAAGACGUGAAACUCGGAAGUCUUUACGGUUGGCGGUUUCCACUUCCAUAUUGCGAUCAAAAAAUGGCCAAUGUUGCCGGGGUGACGGCCAUCCAAGAUUCGGGUAGUGGUAAAAGUACCAUUAGACUGGUCAAACACACUGCCAUAGAUGAAAAGGAACCACUGCGAGAGGAGAAGAAAAUUACACCAAUUAUUGACUCUGGACUUCGACGAGAAACGUCCAUCACAUUCGAUGGUAAAAGAUCAAUUUCAAAGACCGGUUUUGUCGGCAAGGACUCAGCCGUCUAGAUAUUCUUCCGGCGUACUAGAUUGUAAAUGGUUCAGAUCGCGAUCUCCGGAUGAAAUUUUUGAACAGAGAAAAACUCAAAAAAUUAUCAAAUUUAAUAAGAAUGAAAAAAAAACAAUUUUUCAAAAUUCAUCCGGAUUGAACUAAAGAGAUCGUUAACGAAGUGGCCUUUCUAUUCCUUUGCUUUUGAAUUUUACUCGAGUCAACAAAAAGAGUUUCGGAUUUUAAUGUUUACACGUUUGUUUACCUUUCUAAUCUGGCGUUUUGUGCACGUUGACUCAUAUCACAAUUAAUGCAAAACUGCAUCAUUGUUAUUCUUUCAUUUUUUCUUCUCUAAAAUCAUUAGUCGAUUUUGAUGCAGGAAAGUGCAGGGAAUUUCGAUUUUAAAAAUCGAAUUUAUCCUGAUGCAAAAAGAACUUGAAAAUCUUUUCGUGUAAUAUUGUAUGUAAAGUAAAAGUGAUUAGGUAAAAACUUCACAAAGACGGCAGCUAGUCUCUCCCAGCACAAUUAAAAAAAAGAAUUGUUAAAUUUUUCCCUUUUGCAACUUUUCAGAAAGUUUGAGUAGAAAAUUUUAUUCUGUGCUAAACAAAAGAUUUUUUCUUCUGAGGAUAAAUAUUAUAAUUUCAUUCCACUAGAUGAGAAUUAAGAAAAUGCUCUGCGUUGUAAAAUUAAUUAUUAAAUUUUACUCAGGUAUUUUGAAAUUCAAAAAGUUUUCAUAUAGAAAAAGUUAUGAAAUUGAAAUAAAUUUUUUUUAAACAGAAGGUAAUUAAAAUUAUAAAUGAAGGU